ACUCCGCUUUCUGUCAUUCCGCUCACGACUACCAAACGGUUUCCACGCCCGCUGCAAGCUCUCUCACAGUGUUAGGCGCAUAAAAAUUGCCUCGCAAGCGUUCAUAACUUUUCUGCUCUUGUCCACGAGCUGUUGUAUCAACAGGCAACCGCCCUGUGGUGAGGACAUUAUUGGGAAAUUGUCAUCUGUUGCGCUGCACGACACAAUUUUCAAUUUUCUGAAACGAUAUUUUUUCUGUUCUCUUUCUUGCUAUUCGUGCAACGGUCAUCGCCUCGGGGAAACUACCAGUGGAUUUCGGGAAAAUUCUUGAGAAUACUUCGACUGAAAGACAGUGAAAGGAUAUUUGAGGAUCUCAAAGUACAUUGGGCAAAAUGUCUGCAGACAAUAAGGGAAUGAAGCAAAUUGUCGGGGUUUCUGACAUCACAGACAACCGCAAUAUUUGGAGGAUUUUGAUUGCCGAAUUUCUUGGAACCUUCCUUCUUGUGUCAAUUGGUAUUGGCAGCACCACAGGAUGGGGUGAUUUUACACCGUCAUUGCCACAAAUUGCCUUCACCUUCGGCCUCGUGGUCGCCACUCUGGCACAGGCCUUCGGCCACGUGAGUGGAUGUCACGUAAAUCCCGCUGUGACUUGUGGUCUUGUCAUCACUGGCGACGUGAGCAUCCUCAAGGGAGUUUUCUACAUUGCCUGUCAGUGCAUUGGAGCCAUCGCCGGUGCUGCUCUCAUUAAGGUUGGCACACCGACCGCUCAUGUGGGCAAUCUGGGCAACACGAUGCUCCACGAGGAUCUCUCGCCGGCCCAGGGAGUCCUCAUUGAGGCUCUCAUCACCUUCAUCCUCGUCUUCGUUGUGCACGGCGUGAGUGAUCCCCGUCGAUCGGACAACAAGAACGCCGUACCACUGUCCGUGGGACUCGCCAUCACUGCUGGUCACUUGGCUGCGAUUAAAUUCACCGGCGCCAGCAUGAAUCCCGCUCGGACCUUCGGCCCCGCCGUAGUGACGGGCUUCUGGGAGAAUCACUGGGUGUACUGGGUGGGCCCCAUUCUGGGAGGAAUCAUCGCCGGAUUGGUCUAUCGCUUCAUCUUCAAGGUGAAAAAGGGAGACGGAGAAGCUUCAUCCUACGACUUCUAGGCUUAUCCAGCUUCUCCACACAUCACUUCUACCAUCUUUUACGUCUCCAAUUAAAUUAUAUUAAGCGUAAUGUGAGAUCGUCAUCUCUAAUUAUUGUUUUUGUCAUACAAAAUUCUCGCUUUUAUCACUGCGAAAAACCAAAAAAGAAGCAUCACUGAAUGGGAGAUUGGAAAAGUAGAGAAAGAGAUAUUUUGCUUUCGAUAUUCUGCGUAAUUAAGGACAUUCAUUUUGGGUAUUUUGUAUCUUUUAUACCGGAGACAUUCACUUGAUGCAUUGCAGUGGGGAAGAUCAUCAAAAUUACUCAAAUACUUGAACUAUUAAUCGUCACAGUGAGUGCCUCUUCAAAUUCAUUUGUGUGCCUAAUUGGCACAGAGAUCAAUUUGUACUUUUUUUGUGAAUACAAUGAGCAUGAACUAUUCAUGAAAUUUCUUUGUAAAUAUACACCAUCGUACCUUUAACCAUUACCUUUCAUCCACAAAUAAUUUUACAUAGAGUUGCUGUGUAGAGAGUAAAAAGUUUACAUCUUCAUCCUCGGUGACUAAGAAACUUGAUAUUCAACUCAACUCCUGAGAAUUCACAGUAAACACUUCAAUAAAAUUAAUCUCCUUCGACAGGAAAAAAAACAAGCAAACUUUUCGGUAAACAAACUUUCAACCCACUAUGCAAAAGACAGAUAAACAAGUAAGAAAAUAGUAAAAUAAAAAAGAACGAUAAGCUAUAGAGUAGUAGAAAAAAAAAUCAACUCUACCGAAGGAAGCGAAGUUUUAGAAUCAGAAUGAUUCGCAUUUGAAUCUUUUUUCGUCUUAACGUUUCUCCUCUUUUUAUUGUAUAUUUUGAAAUGUGUAAAACUCAACUAACCACUUUUCGUUAGGCGAUGUUAUAUCUAUAAAUAUAUAAUGUUGUGCAAAAUAAAGUGUAAUAAAAUAUUUUGUAUGUAGA